UUUACAUUGUUUGUUAUGGACCUGCCUUAAGUAUUUAUAUGUUUUAAGAAUAUGAUUAAUACAAUUUUAUCUGGUUUUAAUUGCCUUUUUUUAAAAUAUUAAAUCUUUAUUUUUCUCUUUCUAAUUUGUGUAAAUGAAAAAAUAUUAUUUUUGGAAUUUGGCAUUGAUUAAAAAAAUAAGAAAAAUAAAUCAUUUUUUAUUUACUGUAAACAAAAAGAAUGAAUUUUCCAUGAAGCUGAUUGCUGAUUGCCUAUUAGAAAACCCCAUUGAAGGGAUACUGUGGCAGAGUUUUUUGUGGAGAAGUUUCUUUUCUUUCUUUGUGGUGUACAUAUUUACACAUGACUUUCUACAGUGUUUCUCAUUAUGUGUCAUAUUUUUAUGAUAUAUACUUUGGUGCAUUUAUUCUUCAAUUGUUGAUACUGGUGUCUUUCAUUUUCCCUAAAAUCAGAAGUUAUCUCUGUCCUGUCUUUCGUGUGUAGGACCCAUUUAACAUCUUCCUCCAAGACUAAUGUAUUCUAUCAUUGAACCUCCUAGUAAAUAAAAAAUCUGCUGAUUUUGCAUUCUCCUUAACUGUGCCAUUUAUGAAAAUCGAUACCCUUUAAAUUGUUAGGACAGGGUAUAGUGGAGUUCUCAUUAUGACACUUCUUUUGGAUUUAUUCCCCUUUCUUAAAGAGGAUUAAUAUCGUUAGUGACAAAAAAAUUUUGUAUUCAACAACAGCAUACCUAAGUACUUAGUAAUUUAUUUUUUAUACAUAAAUCUUUUCUAAUUGCUUAAUAUAGCCAGUCUCAAAGCAAUUCUUUUUAAUUUCCUAUUAAUGGCCAUGUAUUACACUGGAUAAGCUGUUCAUUUAUUUUUAUUCAUUCAUUUAUUAUUUAUUUUUAAUAAAAGUUUAAACGUUUCUUAACCAUUUCAGUAUAGAGGAUGUUCCUUUAUGACAGAAGAAUAAGUUAAUACCUUGAGAAAUAGCUGAUUAAACAAUUUGUAAGACUCCUUUGGAUAACCUUUUUGUGUUGAGAAUAUAAGAGAUAAUGAAAGUCAUCAGGUCGUAGAAACAAUUAUAUUAAAAUUUUUACACACACAAAAAGAUAGGAUGCUGGUUAAAAUGCUAUAAAAGAUGGCGUGUCCCUAACCAGUGUAAAAAUCCUUGUAAUGGCUAAUAUUUUUCGUAAAGUUAAGAAAAAAAUUGUUGGUAAUAAUAGUUCACAAAAUGGCACCAACAGCAAAAAGAAAGUAAAUCAUGACUUUGAGUACACAGAUCCACUUGCAAAUAUAAACUUUCAGUCAUCAUCACAGAGUUUUUUUACUCCAACACAUGGCAAUGCAGCUGAGCUUACCAUCUUUUGGACUCAGCCUAGAACAACUCGUGAGCGCAAAGACAAUCCCAUUUAUGUCAAUGAGCCGGUAGACUUUUAUGAAGACUUUAUACCUGCAGAAAAUGUUCACGACCUUUAUCGUGUGAGAGACAGAAGAAGCUGGGUGGAACCAGGAGUUAUGAAUACAACAACCCAUGAAGUCCCAAGGUCAAAAAGUCUAAGUUACAUACCUAAUAUAACAUAUGACAAAGAAAUACAGAGACGCCCUGAACCCCCUAAAAGACUGGAUACUUUUCAGAAUAACAAUUUGUCAGGUGUAGAAAAACUUACGAGUUUAUUUACACCACCACCAAAUUUAAGAACUAACUUAGACAUGGCAAGAGAUAGUGGCAUUGGUCCUGAUGUGAAUGAUGAACAAAUUAUUCCUUUGCACCAGGAUGAUGUUGAGGAGGAACCUAUAGAGGUUCUUUUAGCUAGAAAACUUUCAGAAUUUGAGCCUAAUUUAAAAUAUGAUGAUCAUAAUAUUGCACCACUAAAUGCUUCUAACCAUUCUUUUUUGCCACAUGCUACUUUUUCUGAGGAAGAAGGAAAGGAAAGUAAGGACAGUAUAUCAUACUGGGCGUCAAGCGAAAGUCUUGAUAACAACACAGACAAUGAUGACUUGUCCUUUUCUCAAGUUGAAGAGAGAAAGCUUUUACGAAGCCAGUUAGAUAAUAAUGAUGAUGUUUUUAACGUAGGCAUGCCUCAACAAAAAAAUCUAACUCGUGAUGUUUGUGAUGACGACCAGCAUAUGGAAGUUGUUAGCUGGUCUUCAGUAGAUAUACUUGAGGAGCAAGAACAAAGUUUUCAUUCAGAUAUUGUUACUGACGAUAACAAUCCUUUACUUGAUCAUGACUUAUUUGCAUAUGACACAUGUGAGGAAACAGGUAGACGCCUUACUUGGCCUCGUGGUUCCUUCAUAAAACCUGGUAAGUCAACAUCACUUGAUGAUAUACCAAAAUAUACACAUAGUGGUAAAAAUGGAGCAAGCUCAGGGUUGGUUUCUCCUAAAUUUAAAACUGACGACUUGUUUUUCAAUAUGGAGAAAACCUUGCAUGAUCUUGAGUUUCAAUUGAACGAGGUCUUAGAAACUAAUCCCAUUGACAACAUUCCAAUGCAGUCACACAACAAUAAGAAUGACAGAAUACAUGAAGCAAGGAUUGAAUCUGUGAAAAACUUUCUUCUAGCACCGCCAGAGACCACUUUAGGUACUAGAAGUCGCUCCUGGUCACUAAAUGCUCUAACUAGUAAAACUGAAGCAGAAGUUCUGUCACCAGUUCUUCGAAUACCAAAGAAGCCAUGUCUAGAGGACCUUGAAGAUCAUAUAAACGCUGUUAAUGUUAACAGUGUUGAAGCUUUACCUUCUCCUGUUCUUGAUGGUCAGAUUGACGUAUUGGAAGAAGAAAAACAGGCUGCAUUAUACUCAAUAAAAUUUAGCACUUCUGUUAAGCAUUCAAAAAACGAUAUUAUUCCAAAAAAAGAUGGCACAUUUGACAUUGCACCUGUUUCUAAUAUAAGUCAUUCUGAAGAUGAAAGCAAGUCAAAUCUUGCUACCACAACUCACUCAUUUAAAGAUACGUUGAAGUUAAAUUUACAGCCGUCAACAGUUAACACAUUUCAAAACUCAAUACAGACAUUGAAUAAGGACUUGUCAGACAAUGAAUCAACAGACAAUAAUAUUUCUACUUCAAGGAGUCCUGUGUUGCCAAAAUCUAUGAGCUUUAGUGUUAACUCAUCCGCAAGGGCAAAUAACUCAUCUGUUAAUUUGUUUGCACCUAAACCCUACAAACCAACUGCACGAUCACAUUCAACAAAGUUAAAAACUGCUACAGUUGACAGUGAUUCUCAAAAAACACCUAGUUUUGAUAACUGGAAUAUUAAUUUGGAUCAUGAGAAUGUUGUCAGCUCUGUUGAAAACAACAUGGAAGCAGUUCCAAAUUCAUUUGAUGACCUGCCAUCUUUUACGAUUGAUUUAAAUAAAGAACCAGUUGACAGUGAGGAUUGCGAUACUUCAUAUCUUAAUGUUGACGGUCCAGUUAACUCCAGAACGUCUUCCGGAGUUUCUUUGCUGAGGCGUGGCUCGUCUGUUUACCAUGUGAGAAAUAAAAAGAAGAAAUCAUACAUUGAUGAGUUAAUGGAGGGAUGUGAACCUGAGAGAGUUUAUCCAGACAGAGCAUGCAAGCGUACUAUUAUGUCAUUAAUGGUUCGUUGCUACAAUUUUGGAAACGAUUGUGAAUGGACUGGAGAACUAGGAAGUUUGCAAGAUCACAUUGAGCAGUGUCAAUUAGUACCAGUUGAUUGUGUGAAUGCAUGUGGUAGGAGUGAUAUUCCAAGAAAUCAGAUGAACCAACAUAUAGAUUCUGAUGGUGACUGUCCUCUUGCAGUGGUUGCAUGUAGGUACAGCGAUGUCGGAUGCAAGUUUAAGUGUCGUCGUUUGGACAUGGUGCAACAUAUCCAGGAGACUAUCGAGCAACAUCUCGAUCUAGCGCAUACACGCAUCAGAGAACUGGAAGUACGCCAAGAAAAUAUAUGCAUGAACGGGAAGUUUUUAUGGAAAAUAUCUAACUAUGACCACCUCAUGAAACAGUCUGCUACGAAGAAAGACAAAGAAAAGCUUUGCAGUCCACCAUUUUAUACUGGUCAGUAUGGCUACAAACUUCGAGCUGAGGCUUUUUUGAAUGGCUUAGGACAAGGCAAAGGUUCCCAUUUGUCGUUGUAUGUUGUCAUCAUGAAGGGGGAAUAUGACGCCAUUUUGCCGUGGCCGUUCAAACAAAACGUCGACUUUUUCUUGAUGGACCAAGACGACGAUAUUUCGAACCGUCAAAACAAGGUGUGGAAGCUUUCAUGCGAGAGAAAUAGUGAUUAUUUUAAACGGCCAACGAAAUCGAAAAGUCUUGGCUUUGGAUGCCCGAAAUUUGUAUCGCUGGAAACACUAGCGACACGAAACUAUAUCCGAGAUCAAACGAUAUUUAUAAAAAUUGUAGUAGAACCCACAGAUGGACUUAUAUUUAACCCGAGUGUCACAACACAUUAACGUGGAGUCCUGUUGUCUUGAUUAUUAAUCGAGAUAAUUUAUUGCUGCUAUUUUGCGGAAUUGGAUAUAACAAUGCAGAUAAACUUUCAAGUGUAUAAAAAGUUACGUCUUUUUAAGUUAUUAAUGGAUUAGGAUUUUAUUUUUGUGCGAUGGUUAUGUUUUGAAAAAUGUAGUGAGGUUUACCUCAUUAACAUACUCUACAUGAAAUUUUCGCUGAAGUUUUAAUUUGAUGUGGCUAUUUUAGCGCAUGUAGGUGUUUGAUAUUCUCGUGCGUAGCGAAUUUUCAUUCACAUGAAUGAUAUAAGUAUUUCUUUAACUGCAAUAUAUAUUUCACUUCUCAAUACAUUGAAUUUGGAUUUGAGAAAAAGAAAUUCAUCGCAUAAGGGCAAUUUAAUUUUCACGCAACUAAAUUACACGAGCCAGCUUAUUUUGCGGAUCUCAUGCGAAAAGUUUUUGUGUUAACAUAUAGAACUUACUUCAAUUUAACAAAAUAUUUAGGAGUGUUUUAAUUAUUUUUCUCGUUAUUGUCAAAAUAUUUGUGAUAUGUGUUUGGAUCGUGCAGUUUAAGAAUGUUAUUGUGUUGCAUUGUUUACCGAUAAUUUUUUUUGUUUUUCAUGUCUUCCUUGCUCUUCAUGUAAAAAAAUUCAUCAAAAUAAUCAAAGUAGUUGCUUUUACAUAAUUAUUUUUUGGCAAUUUUUCUACUCACACAUGUUAUUCGCACACACAUGCUUUUAUAAACAUAGUUUUUUUUUAUCUCAGCUUUAGUACCUCAGACAGAACUAUUCUAAUGACAGAGUUAUGAUUUUCUAAAAAUUUCCUGUGUUUUUGGCCAAAAAUAUUUCGCAGAUGCCUAAUUUUUUUCAGUUUUUUUUCGUUUCUUCAGUUUCUUCUGUUAGAGCCGUUGUGCGUAUUAAUCUUUUGAGAUAAAACUAACUAACUAACCAACAACCUUUAACUGUAUGGGUGUAUAUAGUAAAUUCUGUAUAUAAACAAAUGAUUUUUUAACACGACAAUUUACGUUAACGUUUACCCCCCUACCAUUUCAAGUUUUACCUUUAAAAUUUCUAACUUUAGCUCUCCUUUGCUUUAAGUUUUCUUAAUUGCUAAGUUGGUUUAUAAAACAAAUUUUUCCACGUUAAAUUCAACCUUCCAGUAAAUUAUCAACCAUUUCAAUGAAGGGAGACAGUAUAGCUAACUCUUAUAUGGAUAGGAAAGUGUAACUAUAUGAAAAUAUUAUUUUGUAUUUUUCUCUCUAUUCGUGCAAUAUUUAGUUUUUAUUGGCAUGUUUGACCUUUGCAGGAUAUGUAAAGUUACAUCAAUUUAAUAUAAACUCUACAUAAGUCA